CAAACAACAUUCAUCAUGAGUGGGAGAAUUCUUCUUUUGGGAUUUCUACUCAUCUGUGUGGUUGCAGAGACGGCGGCAUACCCGAAAAAGAUUUUUCAGCCACACUGCCCUAUUACAGACCAGCCAUUUUCUUGCACUGCAGUUUACAUGCCAGUGUGCGGUACUGAUGGGAACACUUACUCCAACGAAUGUGCCCUCUGUGCUCACAUCCAGAUGACCAAGAUGCUCAUCUCGAUUGCCUACAAUGGAGCUUGCCUAUCUGAUGUGAAAGGAUAAAUAAAGCUAAUCUGAGCUGAGCUGAGUUCAGGUGCCCAGCAAGUUGAUGUUACACAGUGGAAAUGUGUCAGUC